UUGGCAGUCUGUCCUCUCAGUCCCUCCCGGUCGCUCAGCUGUGCAUCACAUGUCGGGUAGCGCGAGUCCUUCUCCCGUACGGAUCACUGUUAAACGCACGACCGCGACCCGGUUAAGCCGUCGUCCAGCUUCGGAUUACCGUCUUCUAUCAUCGGCGCGCGUCAGCCCCGUAUUAUUAUGCUGUCAGCCAACGUGUGCACGCCAACGCAUCGCCACGAAUCGAUCACGAAGUGCCUCGAAUAUGCGGACGGCGUGACGAACGCGGGCGACGGUGCACGCCGCUUUGUUGAUACGCUGAGUUCUGUGUUCAGGCCGCGGAGGCCGCCGCGUCCCUCCAACGUCUAGAGACUCCUUCCCUUCCUUUCCCCCCGCCCGCAAAUUUAAACUGCCACCGCCGCCGGCGGCAGGCACAUACCGGUGUGAUCAGUGCGUGACGAAAAGUUGGACGGUACGAUGACCUAAAGCGGGAUAGAAGAGAGCGAGUGUGUGAGAGAGAGAGAGAGAGAGAGCGAGCGAUAAAGCGAGCGUUCCCUUGGAAUUUAACCGUGGUGGCCGAGUGAGCCGGCGUCCUUAGGGGGGUGCGCGUCGAACACGCUUGGCAAGCGUGCGCGUGUUGUAUCCUCGAGCUUGAAAUUUCGAACUCUCGCGUCGUCUUGGCUACGCGCGCUCCCGCAUCCGGGGUGACUCUGUGGAUCCGCGAGUGCGCCGUAUCCUCGUGUCCUCGUGUCGACCGUCCCCUCGAACACUGUUGAACGGAGCGUGCUCCGAGAGGAGGACGUCUGUCAAGUGCCACGUGCAACGGGACACUCCGCGCGAGAGGAAGACGGGCGAUCGUCCUCGUCGAGGGAAUCGAUCCAUUCAUCGAUUCGCGAGCAAGGUCUAAGAGAGAGAGAGAAAACAGGCAUCCCGACCACCGAGCGAUAUCGCGUCGUCGGCAGAAGCUCUGAGAAGCGAAUAAUGUCGACGGGCAAGAGGCUAGCGAAGCGCAGCAUAAUCGGCACCAGGGUGUGCGCUCCCGGCGAGGACGGCAAGUACUACAGCGGCGCCAUUUACGCGGUGAAGACGCCGCAGGCCGCGUCCGCCUCCGCCUCCGAGUCGCCGCCGGGCCAGAAGAGCGUGACGCCGAAGACCCUCUACUCCGUGCGCUUCGACGCCGUCCCGGGUGGAUGCCCGCCGAACCCCAGCACCGAGUACUCGGAUCGCGACCUCAUCGGCCCCGGCUUCGGUUCCGUCACCAGCGCCCGGCUGGUACCCGGUCAGAAGGUAUACCUGACGUACAACGGUAGGGAGAUCCACGCGGAGGUCACGGAACAUCGCCAGCAUCUCGACGAGGUGGACGUGGUCAUUGCCCCGAACGGACAAGAGGCGUGUCAUCGCAAGAUAUACAAGCGCAGCACGGACGGAAGUUUAAGGAAGUGGCAAAGUGAGAUGCACGAGUUUAAACAAGGAGCGAAGGGCACCAUGAGCCUAACCAAACGCAUAGACGAGAUCAGGUUGCUCGAAUCACGUAAGAGUGCCCGACUGGCUGAUCAAGACACGGAUUUUGCCAGACUCGCCGAUAUGGCUGGCGAUCGUAAGCGAGCGUCCUCCCACUCCAUCGACGUGCCACACGUGAUGGCAUCCAGGAAACGACGGCCGAGCUCGAACAAUGAUUCCGAACGGAUGUACAGCGGUUGGGGCGAGAGGGUGCUCUGCGGACGUGAGGGUUGUCGCACCAACGAACGCGGUGAUUGCAUGGACGAAUGCGCCGCGGCCCUGGUCCUUAUGUCACUCUCGUGUUCACCUCACAGUCCUCACAACCCCCCGCCACUUCACUGCCAAUACAAUUAUGCGCAAAUCCUUGAAUUUUUUCGAGCUUGCGCGAUAAUUGAAGAAAUGAACCUGAAGGGAAUACGAUCUGCGACAGGUUCCUGGGGGAGUCGUGGAGGCGGAGGUGGAAGUAUGGUCGCCGGUUCGCCCGGCGUCGGCGGCAUGUCAAACAGCAGUAGCAGCAGCGGGGCUUCCUGGCGAAGCGGUACCCCCAGUCCACCCCUUAGCGAGGAGGGUGUACCGACCAGGAGUUCGCCAUGCCCGACGACCUCGCAUCCCUCGCACAAUCAACCCCACUAUCCUUACAACGCGUCCGGCUCGUCGUCAAGCAGUACUCCCGGCUCGAGCACGUUAGACGAGGGAAUAGUACCCGACUACAUCGAGGAGCAGCACCCACGUAAGAAGAUUCGAGCGAAAGUAAACCAGGACCCGAUCGAGACGGAACCAGGCGCUUGCGCGACUUUCGAAAGCGAACAGGCAAAUGCAGCGGUGGUCUUUAAGUGCGCUUGGCCAGGCUGCUUGGAAAUCAAAGCGACCGUCGUGCUCAUCGAAGAACAUGUACGCCAAUCACAUCUGGGUCCAAAAAAGUCAAAGGGAUGCGACGAGGACAUGUCCGUUCACGAGGAAGACGAUAUGUCCGUUCACGAGGAGGAAUUUUAUUACCAAGAAGUUGCUGUGGAUCACAUGAGCUCGCCUCCCACAAUGUCUCAUCGGGAUAUGGCGAGACCGCCGCACGAGGAUCCAGAGUAUCAGAAGCAGCUUCGUCUUGAAGCGGCUCCUACCACGAGUAACUACAUCGAGAACGUGAUAGUUGGUGUCAGGGAACCAAACAGCGCGUUUACGAUCUCACAAUCGCCGGGUACGCCCAACAAGCACAUCAAACUGUCCCCGCGGCCAUUGCAAGCGUGUCACCAACAAAACAUGACAGCGUCCACGGGCAAGCCGUCCUCCCCGCGACGAACGCGCAGCGAUGUUAAAAAGUGUCGCAAGAUCUACGGUAUGGAUGCACGCGACCUUUGGUGUACUCAGUGCAGGUGGAAGAAAGCCUGCACCCGUUUUUGCAGCGAAUAGGCCAAGCGUCCGCCCCGUUCGUACGUCCGUGGGCGGAAACCCUUGUCAAAUCGACCUCAGAGUUUGCCAAUGCUACGUUGAACAUUAACAUCAACUGCCAAAUACCAAUCAUCGUCGAAGAAAGCGAAGCGUUGAAAAGGCUUUCACGAUCUGGAACACGAGGCCGCCCCCGUUAUUGCCGAUUGUUGUAGCGAAAACGUUAUAUCCUGUAGGAUAUUACUUCACCAGUACCACUCAUAAGAAAGCAAAGCUCAUCAAAUAAGCACCUCUUCCUCUUGUUUUCCAUUUUGUUUUCCGUCGUCGGGACGACAAACACCAGUUUUGGAAAACGUAAACGUCACUCUACAAUGAUUGGCGGGUGGUUCUGAGGGCUGAUAUUCGUGUAUGAAGUAACAUCUUUCUCAGUCUAAUUAACUCGUAGAGGGAAUUCACGAUGAAAGGUUUAUCUGAACGAUUUCUGCCCGUUCGUAUUUUGCAUUUGGCAAACUCCGACCGAAUCCCUUAGCCGUAACGAGGGACUUUUCGAUUAAUAGGUAGCGAAUAAUUGGCGUGCGGAGCGAGGCAAUUUUAGACUGUUGCAUUCUUUGCGUUCUCAGAAGAGAACGCGAAACACGGCCUCGCUCCCAACUUCGCCCGACAAUGAGAACCUUUUGGUUCGAUACGUAUUAUACGAGAUACGCACUCGGAGUGAGCAUGCAUGUUCUUCGAAGCGUCGUUUCCCGAAUCGUUUCUUAGAUCACUGCAAUAGAUCUUCCUUCUUCCGCCAAGAGCGCGAUCGUGACGCGCUCUCGGUAAUGACGGAACUAGAGGCGUCGAGCCUCAGGGAUGCCGAUCCCUGGGGAACGAUCGAAUCUAACGGACGAAGGAAAGACCGGCGAAUCGAUGUUCGGUCUGACCGAUGUUCAAUGCUAAACGAACGCAGACAGGCAAGUUAAAGAGUGUCGCGUGAAAAAAAUAAAGCUACUAUUUGUGAUAUUGUAUCUAAAUUUAUUGAAUCUGUGCCGCGAAUCGAACAGGAAAGCGCAAGGAUGGGUAAAGGCGUAAAGAAAUGAGAAAAAAAAGAGAAACAAAAUUUUAUACACCAAUUAUACUGCCAGAUAAAUAAUUCAAAAAUUGUUGUUCAAACCUCUCUCGCACGUUAGAGAGGCAUUAUAUGUUGCACGGCAUGCGUCGCCGUAUACCGGGCUUAGCCUUGUUAGCCUUCCGACGACCUAAGACCGUGUUCGCCAACAAAGGAGCUGCACGCGCAUAUUGGGGUAGGCUACGCAGUUGAAUCGAUCGAUCUAUUAAGAUCUAGCGAAGGUCUCGCUCUAGAUGACACAUUCACGCAACGACACACACACACACACACACACACACAAACACAUAAUUGCGCGCGCAAAGAACAAUGUGACAUCAUAUUUUUGCGUACAGCCUACAUCAUUUCUUAUACUCCUUUCUCGCUUUGGGCCAUUCGCGGAACGAUUUAUUCAUUUGAAUAUUAUUUUAACGAUUAUUUUGAAAUGUAUAUUUGAUCUCGAUAAUAUUUCUAAUAUACUAAUAUCCAAUAGACAUUUACAAAUUUUAUAUAUUGACGAAUUUAAUGAAACAAUUUUUGCAAAUAAAUGACAUGUUUUCAAAGAAUUCGACAUCGCUUAGACUCAUCCUUACAGCUGUAUUAAAUUAUAAUGUCAGAAACAAAAACUUAUAUGAAUCAUUUUUCUUGUAUGUAUAAAACAAAAUUUUCUUCGUAUAUCAGAAAUUAUAAUCCCAUAUACAAUGAAACAGAUUUAUUAGAAAUUUUCUUUGUAUU